CAACAGAAUAAUUCAUAAAAAUGAAAUUUAUAAGUAUCAGUGCGUUUAUAGAUAUAUCUAUUUUUUAUUUUAUUUUCUAUCUAAAUAUAAAUUGAAAAUAGUUUUAAAUAGCAAAAGAAACCGUUGUAGUUCGUUUUCAGUUUUUAGUAUAUUACCAUAAAUGCUUAAAUUAUGGAAUAUUUUGUUUCCAGUUACACAUGUGACAGCUCUUGGCAUUGCCUCGACAUUUGGAAGUGACGUCGGAAACCCACCUUGUUUUAUGAAUGAUGACAAACCACCGGUUAUACAGAAACCAAUGGAUAUGGCGUCUUUACAACCAGUCUUGAAAGAAAUAAAUGAUCUGAAGUUACACUCCGAAUCUCUUUUAAAAGUGAUGGAAAUAAAUUAUUGUGUUGAUGGGGAGGAUGGAAGCUUUUUGACUGUUCCCUAUAACCCUUUGUUAGACAAAAAAGCUUUUCUUGGCAGCUACAUCAAUGAAGACCCUUCCUUCCUCACAAUGAUACGGGAUCAUUAUGAUAUGCUCAAUCGUCUUGCCAACUACGUAGAAGUGUUACGUGGCAUAAUAACUGAGAAGACAGCGAAAGAUUCUUUGCUUCUUACUCAAGAUCAUAUAUAUGAAGCAAUGUGUACAAUAAAAAUGUUUUUGAAAUCUCAAAACCAAGAUCCUCAGUGUAAAGUUCCAGGAGGAAACGUGUCUGAUAUAUUAUACAUAUAUGGCCAAGGAACACCUAAUAGAUGUGUGGAGCAGACAUUCGAGUAUGUCAUCAUUCAUGACUGUAAAAGAGUAGCUCACUAUCUCGAAUCAUUAUAUACAUACAUUCUCAAUACAUAAAAUAUUAUUGAUAUAAAUGUAUAUUUUGUGUGCAAUAUUCCAAAAUAUAACACAUAAAAAUAUGCCCUAGAUUGUGCUUGCUUAUUUAUUAGUUUUAAAUAUUGAAAACAUGCCAGAUCUCUCUUAUAUUUUCAAGUUAUAGUGGAUAAUGGAGUUCUUCCGAGCGGUAUUAAAGCAAAGUAAAAUAAAGGAAUAGCGCUGACUCAGAUUUUUGUUUGUUCAUUAGAAAUCAUGACGAGGGUAACAUCGGGCAUCAUAGAUACGCGCACCUUAAUGGUUCCUUGUGGCGUAGAUGCGAUAUUCCGACUCAAGGCAAAAAGUACCUAAGAAUCUGGCUUUAGAUGUUUAAAUAUAUUCACAAUCAGUAGGUUCUGAAUAAC